AUGUUCGAAGUUCGCAUGAAUGGGAGAAAUGGAUGUGCAGAACUGGCUCGGGUUACCGAAAUUGGACUGGGUCGCGAUUAUAUUCUCGGGCCUUCAAAUAAACAAAACCUUUUAUACAAUGGAGACGUCUGGUGGGACCUGAAUCCGGAGCAAUACCACCCAGUACACUUAUUACGAGCGUACACCAUAAUCGGACCAUCAAUAGCCCUUCGCCGAGUUCCCUAUAUUAAAGAGGCUAGGGGAAUUGAUCAAUGA